GGCAAGUGCGUGCAGUGAUUUAAAAAAAAAAACAAUAACUAAAAAUCGAUUCGAAUCGAUAGUGAUGGAAUCGGAAAUCAACAAAAUGACGAAAAUACCUCCUAAGAACUUCUCGAUAGAAUCGAUAGUCGGUUUGAACGAGCGGCGGUCGCCCGAAAUCGAUAUCGAGAAUACGAUUACGGAUUUUAAUACCGAUCAUUCAGAAGACGAGGACUUGAAGAUUAGGGAUGGGAAAAUGUACUAUUUUCAACAGAAUCGAGUGCCGAAUUUUCCGUUUUUCAUGUCGUAUGACAAACGUCAAAUUAAUGCCGGAUAUCCGGAAAACCAGGGCAGUGAGGACUUGAAAAGGGCUAGCCCUGGGAGUGUUAGGAGUGAAGUAGAUAGCGACGGGCCUGAAGAUCGACCACACGAAUCUCUGAGUCCUCAAUCUGAACAAAUAAAUACCUCAAACUCCGCACCGGACCCUAACAUAAGGAGGUACCGUACGGCAUUCACUCGAGAACAGCUGGCGAGGUUAGAAAAGGAGUUCAUGAAGGAGAACUACGUGUCAAGACCCAGGCGGUGCGAGCUGGCGGCCCAGCUGCAGUUGCCUGAAUCCACCAUCAAGGUAUGGUUCCAGAACCGAAGAAUGAAGGACAAGAGACAAAGGAUCGCCGUGGCCUGGCCCUACGCCGCCGUCUACAGCGAUCCGGCCUUCGCAGCCUCGAUCCUCCAGGCAGCUGCCUCCUCAGUGGGCCUCCCUUACGGCUACCCGUCCCCAGCCCUGCUACCCCCCUUCCACAACCCCCAGCUGCUACCCUCGGGGUACCCCUACCCGUACCCCUACCCGAGGUACCCCUAUAUCCCGCCAACUCCCCCAUCGCCAGUCAAUGCUGAGUCGAUACGGCCAACGUACCAAAAUUUUAAUAUUAAUGUUGACAAAUAAGUAUAAAAUUAAUUAGUCUAUGAUAUG